GAUUGCCAUACGGUUUGCGGCACUGGAGAAGUGGAUAUGGUGAACAACACAUAUGCAAUAAAUGGCGGCCAAACAUUGUCGUCAGUCUCGACAACUCGUUUAGUAUCGGCACUAAACUCGUUGACUGACAACAACUGUGUCCACAAGGGGUCAAAUGCACUAAUCAUAUGCACUCUCGAUGUCCAGAGCCUUACGAAUAUGCUGUGCGAUAGGGAGGCUAACCCGGAGAGGACCACGCGUACUAAUUGGUCCGAUCGCAAGAUUACAAUUCGUCCAACCCUACCCCUGGCAUUGUUGUUAACCAUGAUCAUUCUAUCAAUGUUAACAACAGAUGAGGACACCUGUCCACCUGAGGUGUGCCUUGAGUACUUGUCGAUUAAGCCAUUAUUACAGUAUUACACUUAUAUAAGUAAAAUGUGGUCCAAACUAUCCUUACAUAUACUUCUCAUACAAAACCACAACAACCAUAAACAGAGAGUCGCCGUCAGAGCUGUAUUCGCCGGGACUCACCAUUUGCACGAAAAUAAGUCCAAUUAUAACAUCUAUUAUACCCACGAAUGA